ACGAAACCAUGGAAACAGAUCAGUGAAUGCACAGUAUAUCACACGGACAGCUCGGCUGAGUCGGCUCUUUCUUCUCAGCCUGACCGGGGCUCAGUGUAGGCGGGACGGUUUAUGUCAGCUCAGCGGUUAGCCAUUAUUUCUGUGUGUCGCAACCACUGACAUAUACAGUCAGUGGUUAUAUUAAAUAUUCGUUACAGCUAUGACGUCUUCUUGUUUCUGUUUGGACCACAUUAGCGGAUUAAUUUAGCUAGGUUCAUUUGCUAAGAACCGUUCGGAUUCAUCGAACAGCACUGUGGUUGUUUGUGGUUUACACGGAGACCUUAACAGAGGAUGCUGGAGUCCAUAAAGGUUACAGAAAGACUCCACUGGCCAGAGGUAGAAAUGUCCAAAAAGUAUAUCUUAAACUCUACUGACAAGACACUGAGUGCAAGCCAAGUAUACCUGGAGAAGAUUUCUUCGGGUGUCCUCAAAGACCUCUUUAGCACUGGCUCCAACAGCUACAACAUCCUGCUGCAUGCUGAGGACAAGGAAAAGAAAAGCCCUAAGCAGUCCCCGUACAAGAGGCCAAAAUCAACACUGAAAUGUGGUGCCACAUUUAAUAAAAGAAACCGCCCAGGCAUGGCACCUAAAAAGGUGCGUGCUCCAGAAGGUGGGCGAAAAACUGCACACACAAAUUGUGUCCUCUCAGGCAGCGAGUCUAAUCUCCCUAAACCAGCACAGAACAUCGCAGUAGUAGGCAGCACCAUGGGCCUUUCCCCUCGCACAGUUCCACAGCUCAGGAAGAUGUGCAUUCCAAAUUCCCCUCGCACUAAACUUCCCUCUUUGCAUAAAGCAGCAGUCACACGGGAAGUGGAAAAUGCCAAGAAGCUCUGCAUCCUUACAGCCAUCAAGCCGUUUAAUGUCGACAAGGAGAAGGCCAAAUUUUUUAAGUCUGACUUCAACUACAAUCCACAGUUUGAGUACAGCAACCCUGUCUCUUCCAUUGUCCUGGCACGGCAUAACAACGCCUCAGAUCGUUUUCUGACACAGGCGGUGCACAUCAUGGAGCUUGCCCUGCAGCGAUAUGGCAGCUAUGAGAAGUUUGAACAGGUCACUGGGGGCAGCCUCCUCACCAAGAGUCGCAUCUGGCACAACAUCAAGAAAUACAUGGAGAAGGAAGGCUGCCUGGGGGAGAUUGUAGUCCAGGUGACAGAUGACCUCCUGUCCAGAGCCUCCAUGACUGUGGUGAACAGCAGGCCCACACUGACUGUCAACAUCUCCACUGCUCGUGAGCACUGGCUGGAAGGCAUGCUGAGGCAUGAGAUUGGCACGCAUUAUUUCCGUGGCAUCAACAACUGCCACCAGCCAUGGAGCAGCAGCGUGGGGAGGAAGAAGCACAACUUGAAGCCUCUGAACCCCACAGAGGAGGGCCUGGCCAGCAUCCAUAGCGUCCUGUUCAGGAAAGACCCCACGCUGUGGCGCGCUGCCCUGCUCUACUACACCGUCUACCAGGCCAGCCACAUGUCCUUCUCUCAGCUCUUCCACAACCUGGGACGCUUCGUCCAGGACCCCAACACCCGCUGGGACUACUGUGUCCGAGCCAAGAGAGGCCAGACCGAUACAGCACAGCCAGGGUGCUUCAGUAAAGACCAGGUCUAUCUAGAUGGUAUCCUGAAGAUCUUGAGAUACAGAGACAAGAUUAACUUCCCACUCCUAAUGGCCCUGGGAAAGGUGUCAUUUGAAGAUGUGGACCGCCUGAAAGCACUGGCUCAGAUGGAGAACAUCCGCAUUCCACACUUCAUGCAGGACCAGGCAAGGUAUGCCGAGCAGCUGACGAAAAUCAUGGCAGUCAACCAGCUGACUGACGAAGAGCUCAAGGCCAUCAUCUGAGCCCACUGCACAAACCUUAUCACACCUGAAUAAAACCUGCCACACCACUGCCAGUCGUGGCCUGCAUGCCUCAGCACCACCAUUGUGCAUAGUAUGAGUGUGUGACUUGUGCAGCGUGCUGUAUUGCAUGUAAUGUAGAGUUGUGUUAGACAGGAUGUAUGAGUUUGAUGCUGGCUUUCGGUUGUUCCUCUGCUCACAUAGAAGGAUCACCCAGAGAAUCAUUUCACUGUUUUGUGUUUAGGGCUUGAUGUAGUUAGAAUUUUUUUUUGACCUGUGCCAAUACAGUAUAAAAAUGCUACUUUUUCAAUAUCUGAUUUUAACUUUUCUAUUACAUUUACUAAGCACUUGCCAACAUUUCUUUUUUUGUGUGUGUGUGUCAGUUUCUGAUAGUCAGUUCAGUUUGUGGUGUGAAGCCCAGUCUGAGGUUUGGAAUUAUUUUUAUUAUUAGCUUUUCUGUAGCUCUGUUAGCCCAGUUUUCAAAAGAGAGUUUCAGUGUUCCACAAUGGCACAAUGACUCAUUUUUUUUUUAGACUUAUAUUGCUUUUUGAGACUUUUUAAAACAUAAAUACAUCACAUGAACAAAGAGUAUUUGAUAAGAGUUUCCUUAAAUUUGGUUAUUACGAAAUUUCAACCCACCCUCUGAAUACAGCAAAAAAAUGCAAAAUUAACAGUUCAGAAUACACUCACUUUGCCCUUUUGCCUUCAGUAAACUAGGCUUGUUGUUCUCUUUGCCAACUGAAAGGAUAGUCAUGACACAGGACCAUUUGAGAAGUAAUAUAACUGAACAUUUAAUCUGGAAAAUGGCUAAGCUGUUUUUUUAAAAUGCAACUGCCUUGAGUAACGUUAGCUUGUUACUCAGUAAGGCAACCGAGUAACCGUUGAUGAAUCUAACGGUAUUAUUUGUAUUUUGGUACAGGGCUGAGUGUUUGCGUUUGAGUUAAUUCAAGCAAAUCAAAAAAAUUUUCUUCUCAUUUAAAUUUAUUCCGGAUAGAUAUUUUUGAAAAAGCCACACCGAUAUUUCUGUGAUGAGCUAAAUUAGCAUGUGAAAUCGGGUGUGACAGUUCAUUGCCAAUGUCAGACUCUAAAUGUUCUAAAUGCUGCCCUAGAGGCGGUUUUAGCCCGACAGCAGUUCAAUUCUUGGAGAAUAUGUGAAUGCUUAUAUUUUAUGGGCUCUUGUGCAUGAAUAUGGUUACAUUUAGAAAUGUGGAAUAUUCAUUAGUUUUAGCAUCAAGAAGUCAUUAGUCAUCCAGUUCUAAUAUAAUGAUUGUUUGUCUUUCUCUCAUGCACCUGUGAUCUAAGUGUACUUACCUAUAUUUGUCUCUUUAGAGAAGAUAAACACAUUCUUGCACUUUAUUUCCUCUAGAUACCACUUAAGACUAAUGUUGUAGUACUGAUUAUAGGCACUAAAACAGAGUUACUACUUGAGAGAAGGAUAGUGAAAGCAGGAUGGUUCACAGCAGCUCUGUCUUACUGGAGAGAGAUGAACAGAUGACCGUGUGUGUUGUCACACACAGGCCUGCUUGUUAAAGCUGAGCCUGUCAGCACUGUUCUGCAUUGCCUCAAGAAAAAACUGUCCUUGUAGGAAAGUUGGUUGUAACACUGUAUUUGACAUUUUGACGGUGUGUUCCUCAUUAUGCUCUAUGAAGCCUUAGUGGUCCAAGUGCACUGACUUGAAGCCCUGUUAGACUAUUUGCACUUUGUUACCGUUGAUCAACCUUUGAUCUACUCUUCAACUGCACUGAUCUUUGGCAGUUUCUGUGUUGUUGUCAUUUAUACAGAUUGGUAUAUUUCACGUUUUACAAAACAAACCAAAUGCCUCGUGGUUUUACUGUGAUACUUGAUGAGUUUUGUGUUGUUAAUACCGAGAAUGACCUAAAAAUUGGGAGCAUGUGUGCUACUUUUUUCCUCAAAAACCCCUUAAAUGGUACAAUUUAAUAACAUGGCGUUUCUGUGUCAUGUUAUAUAUUUGAAUUAUUUUUUUGUGAUUUUCAUAGAUAGACUCUUCAAAUAAAGUAAUAAAAUGGACUGCCUGAAAA